UCUGUGUGAUACUUUCUCCACGACUGGUUCAAUAAUUUAUUCAGUGUUAAAAUGUAGAAUUUAAACAUGUAGAACCAUGAAAGUAUAAUGCAGUCUUUGCAUGAAGUCCAGAGGGCUUCCGGACUUUUAUUUUGAAGAGUGCGAGAUUAACGUUGUAUGCUAUCGCGUGAGUAGGCGCGAUUCACUUCCCGUGUGAGUGUCCCGAUGAUUUUCAUGCGGCUUUCCACACAAAUGUGUGCAUCAUCUGUCAGCCAGAGGUGAACAUGGCUGAAGUCUCCGAGAGGACACUACAAGUGGCCGUCGUGGUCUCCUUCGCUGCCGGCUUCGUGGCGGGCUGGCAGGCGAACAGAAUGAGGAGGAAGUUUCUGGACUGGAGGAAGAAACGGCUGCAAGAUAAACUGUCAGAAACUCAGAAGAAGCUGGAUUUGGCUUGAAUUGUAAGGUUUUGGGCUGUCUGGUCUGAAUGAACACUCGUCUUCUUUGUAAAGCGUUGAGAGUGGAGAGGAUACCUCACGAUGGCCUACCUGUGUUCUGCACUACCCACAUUUUCCUGCAAAACCUUAUUAGAUCAGGGCUGGACUUGAUGUAUACUCAGGUUUAUGGAAAUCUGAUCAUUACCGACACACAGCAGUUUCUUGUCUGCCCUCGGACACUAACAUGGACGAAGUUGGGGAUCUGACUUCAGUGUUUUUCUGUUCCAGCGUGUUUCUAUCUGUUUCAUACCUGGUCAAAUAAAUUAUUGUGUUUUUCCAAGUUUCUCUAA